AUGUCUUCGGCCCAAUCCUACUCUCGCCAACCCCCUCAUCUCCAGCCGUCAAGCGGCGGCCCCUAUUCCCCGGGCGCAGCGACCGCAUCCUCCGUUUCUUAUUCGGCAUACAAUCAAACUCCCAAUGGCAACUACGCGUCGGGGAGUCGGAACCCAAGCGCAGGGUCCGGCAGCUAUCCAGGAGGAGGGGGAGGACCGCCAGGACGGGUCCCGGUGAACGGGAGUGGGAGUGGGAGUAGGAAUGGGGGACCAAGCGGCGGAGGGGGAGGAGGACUAAAGCCGCCCUCUUCUGAGAGGAAAGGGGAGAGCAAGGAGGUGGCUAGGGUACAUUAUGCGGCGUUGAGGGAGUUUCUGGCUACAUGGCUGAAGGAGGCAGAAAUGCCUCAGGCUCGAGCAUCCGCCCGCGAAAAGCUUACACGCUUGACCAAGCUGCAAUUCCAAGAAUUGUCGACAGACGUAUACGACGAGUUGAUGCGGCGAUUAUCUGUCGAGCAGGGAUCUCCAGAAGAUGCUAUACCAUUCCUACCGGUUCGGGACGACUUCCAUCCCAAACGAAAUCAGGCUCGCCAGAAGUUGGCUACGCUGCCUCGGAAUCGAUUCAAGGACCUGGCGAGCGAUGUCUACUACGAGCUCAAGAGGCGGUAUCCUGAAUUCGAGGAAGAAGAGCAAGACGAGGAAGACUACGCCGAGCCGCCACCCGCACCUGGUCCCGCUCCCCGACCAUCUCUGACAUCCAAUCAUUCGGGCUCGGAUCCUCAGUACCGGUCUCGCGUCAACCCCACACCCCCUCCACCCCCUCUAAACCGACUGCAAAGCAACCAGUCCGCUCACCAGCGGUCCGGAUCCCGGAAUAUCUCGGGCUCGAGCAUAAAUACACAUCGAUCCCGCCCAUCAAGGGAUGACCGAGGGGACGAGAUAGAGCAGCUCAACCAGGGCUCCGGGCUCAAUGGUAUGGGGUACGGGCAGACUUCAGGGCAACGGCCACAACCGCCGGGAAGGGGGAACAUGAACCCCAUCGGAGCGACAUCGGAUAUGGUUGUCCCAAACAAGAGCCGGAUGAGGGAGGAGGAGAUUGAGGUCCCGUAUGCGCGGGACUCGGUGUUGGAGCCUGGUCAGCCGGGAUCGAGAUCGAGAAGUCGGGCGAGCGGGCGGGAUGGGGACCGGGAUAGUCAGAUGUCGGCGGGAACAUCCAUUUCUGCCCGACAACCGCCAUUACAGCCCGUGGUCUCGGCCCAGCCACCUCGACCGAUACCCAACACGAACGACGCGCUCUCUCCGACCAUGACGGACGAUAGAGAGUACUAUGACCGAAUGUCAUUCAGCUCAAACGUGACGGGCAAGUCGAGGAUGAUGGCUGCGGGUGGACCGGGGCAGGCGGCGAUGGACGAAGAGAGGGAGCAGAAGAUCAGGCAGGAAUAUGAGUUUAGGGUGGCGGGGCUGGAGCGCAAGUUGGGGAUUAUGGAGACGGAGCGGGAGGAGAUGCGGAGAUUGGCCGAGGCUGAGAAGGAGAAGCGGGCAGAAUGGGAAGCGGAAGUGAGGGGGUUGAAAGAGCGCGCCACCACUCAUGCCUCCUCACUCCGUUCAGUCCAACACGAACUCGACAUUGCACGCGACGCCGCCGAUACCGCCCGGAAUCACGCUGAACAGUCGUCAAGACAGGGAGAAGAUGAGCUGGGAUCAUGGCGGGAAAGAUGCGAUGGACUCGAGGACGAGCUGAGACGUCUCGAAGAGGAGAAUGCGAGUCUGAGAGAUCAGGUCGCGAGAAGCGGUGCCGGCGGUGGAGGUGGAGGAGUAAGUCUCGUCCAAGCUGCACUGAGAAACGAAAUACAUUCCCUUGUUGACGAGUUAAAUACACUCUCGGCUAAGAAUGACGAGUUGAUGGCGGAGCGAGAGCAGGAUGCGGCGGGUAUGAACGAGAUGGAGGCGCGAGUGGAGGAAUACCGGCGGAAGUAUGAAGCUGUCCGAAUUGAGCUCAGAAACUUGAAAGCGACAUCUACCAUGUUCGUUUCGAAGCCAUUAUCAGACGACCACCUGCCCGCGUCUCCGGAUGGCAAUAUCGCGGACGUCAACGUUUCAGCAUUCCAGGCUGGAAUAGACGGACUUCUGGCUGCUGCUAGAUCAUCUGCACCCUCCGGCGUUCUGCCAGCCAUGAAGGCGAUCGUAGAAGCCAUCACCGAGAUUGGCGAGGAUGUCAAAUCCUUCGAAGCCAAACCCAAUCUCGACGUCGACUCGUCCAAGCUCGAAUCGCUCAAACACGAAUCCACCACUCGGCUUUCGGCGCUCAUGCAGGCUGCUCGGAACCACGCCAUGGCAUCUGGUCUCUCGCCCGUAUCCUUGCUUGACGGGGCAGCGGGACACCUAUCCUCGAAUGUCGUCGAGAUCAUCAAGCUGCUCAAGAUCCGUCGGACCGCACGACGUAGCCGGAGCAGCUUGAGUAUCCGGGACAUGGUCGGGCGGGACGCAAAGGGUGCGAAUGGCACCUUUGACCGGGAGUACGGUACUUCUCCGGUCGGGCCUGGACCGUCUGUCGUCGAGCCGGCCAGGUCAAACUCUCGUGCUCAGAACGCACCUAUGGUAGCCUCCUCUGCGAGCUCGCGGCCGUCCGCCACUCGGAACCUCACGAAUGACCGCCAAACCCCCUCGCCCUCGAUCACACAUCCUCCUACUUCCUACUUUCCCGCUCAGAAUCAGCUGUCAGCGCGGAAUCUCGGCGAGUCCGGGAAUCACCUCCGCGCGAAUGUGACUUCUUACCAGUCGGCGUCUUCGCAAGCUCGGUCAGACAGCUUUGACCUGGAGCGGAAAGCCAGCGUCAUCUCCAAUCCUCGGGAUCAGAGACCGGUCGUCGAGUCUCGAAACGGUAAUCCCGCCGUGAACGCAAAUGGCAACAGCUACAGGCCAUCUGCAGCUCCUCCUGCACCGGUCCGCUCAGCCUCUGGCUCGACGAACGAUCGUUUCGUGCCUAGCAGAAACCGCGGUCGGUCCAGCGAAGAGAGCGAGGCGAGCAGCCAGGUCGUACCGAUCACUGCGCGAUCUCCGGCAAAUCACGUUGCGGGAUUGGCCGAGGUCAGGGUGGAAGACGGGGAGCGGUCUCCCGGAGUUGGGUAUGCGCAAGGCGAAGGGAGCGAAGAGGAAUGGGAAGAGCUCAAGCCAUAUCUGAACGCUCAAUCCUCUGCACUGGUCAAUUCCAUUCAAAACCUCCUCGCUGCUAUCCGGACCAAUCAGCAAACCCCCGCCCUGACGGAGCACUUGUCCGAAGUCAUCGCGAUCGCAUCGUCCAUCGUGGCGGUUGCCGGGAACGCUCUGCCCGCUGCAUUACGCUACGAGGGCGAAGGCCUGCUCAAGGGCUUGGUGGAAGAUACCAAUAAGCUCAGUGAGGCGCAAGAGGCGGCGAGAGGGGCAGGAUUCGGCAAGGAAGUGCGGCAGGGGAUUGCCGCGGCGAGUUUCGGCGUGGCGAAGGGUCUAAAGAGCUUGAUGAAGCUUGGCGUCGAGUAG